UCGGAUCAGGGCCACGUGACCUCCCUUUGAUACUUACGAAGAGAAUUUGAAUGUUCCUAACCGAAAUUUGAUGAAACGAUUGUGAUUUGUUUUAUUUUUUGUGUAAGUGAUAUAAUUUCUUUAGUUCUAAUAAUAGUGUGCGGAUCUGUGAAAGUGGAUAGGAAUCAUGAUGUUUAUACAAUACAAGAUUUUGUUCAUUUUAUGUAGCCUCAGACAUAUAAUAUUAUGUGACGACAUUGAGAUAGAUUUGACAUCUUAUAACUUCCAAACGAACAAGACUGAAUUCAUAGAAUAUGCCAAUAUAACUGAAGAUAAUACUCGAAUCUUGGUGACCAAUAUUGACCCAAGCGUGGAGUUUUUUAUAAUACAGGUUCAUAGUUACGUGAAAGUUCUCACGCUCUCGUAUACGCCUACUAUUCAGCUUCAAUCGCACGUCAACGGAACCAAUAUUGGCCUGUAUUGGGACAGGUCGGUUGGCCUAGAAAAUGAUAUCGGUGGUGUUUCGUUUUAUUGUAUUCACAACAUGUCAAGUGGAGAAAGUUUAAAAAUUUUACUGGCCAUCCACGUUUAUGGGAAGCAUGAUCCAAUACCAGGCGGCUGCAACCUGUCAUUCGAAACGAUGAUCGCGCCGUACCAAAAAAUUUCUUACACUGAUUCGACUAUCGAGGUGGCCAGCCAGCCGCCUUCAAGGCGAAAAUCGUCCUGCAAUAAUAACGACAGGGUGCAGGUCGACAUGUACCACAUGUUUCUGUCGGAAAAUGACCCCAAUGAAACAAACUACUUCACGGGAAUCGCGAACAUGAUGACCGUCGAGCGUAUCAAGAAAAACGGCCGUCGCGUUCAUAAAACUGAUUAUGCAAAGUACAAAAUAUUUUAUAAUUUAUACAGGGGCACUGGAGAGAUUUUCGCAGUGAUCGCGACUGACGUAGGCGGGAGUUCCGCCUACGUCCCUGCAGCGUCAUUCGGUUGCGAUUUGUCGAAAUGGGACGCCGACUGCGCAGGCCCGGGAAAAAUAGUAUGCAUGGGACUCUUGUUGUUCGGAUUUGUGAUGUGUAUUGCCGGGCAUCGUCUUUUCAAAAUGUCACUUUUUGUAUUGGGUUUCGGAUUGGGUCAGCUCGUGGGUAGCAUCUUCGUCAAUUCGGGUGUCUUAGUGACCGUUUUUUCGAUCCUCUCGGGGGCGAUCUGGGUCUUCCUCUGGAUUAAAUUGGGGGUGCCCCUGCUUUCGAUCAGUCUGACGUUCUUUUUUGCCUCAACGAUCCUGAUAUCGACUGUUUUUUACCUGGGAUUUGCGGUUAACGACUUGUUCGGCAACGACUUAGUUUUUUGGACGACGUACGCCUGCGUGUUUCUCUCAAUUUUGCUUAUAUCGUCAGCGUUCGCACCGCGCAGUCACAUCCUAGCCCUUAGCCUGAUUGGGUCAUACUGCGCAAUCGUAGCCAUAAACUACCACUCAGGAGGUAACCUGCAAUAUAUUUUCAUAAACACACUUCGCCGAAUUAACGUCGCCGGUUUUAAUCGGGUCAUAGUGGAUCCACCUAUUCAAGUAAAGGAUAUACAACACAUUGCUACUUGGAUCGCGCUGUUUUCGCUUGGGUACUUUGUUCAGUCGCGGUGGCAAAGAGGCGCACCACCGUUCCCGUCCACCGAAUACCGAAUGUUACGUUCUUAAGCGAAAGGACACCCCUUUUGCAGACCGCACCGACUUUUCAUCGCUAAUGGGAACUCGACCACUUUUUUAUUUUUAUUUCACUAGUUUUAUUAGGGAUGUAAUAAUAUAUACUAUG